CAUUGGCCCCUGCCUGCAAACGGCACUCGCUUGCACGCCCUGGCACUGGCAGCCGUGGUCCCCUGGCACCCGUCGGCGGCCUCUGCCGUGGCUGUGCCUGCGCCUCCUGUGCUUUGGCUCUCAUUGCUCUUGUGUGCCCAUACCGCUCUUACAGGGUCCAAUUCGAGCGAUUGGUUACCACAAAACUGUGGUCGGUAUGGCGUUCUGGGAGGGAUUUUUAGGCUAACAUGUUUUCCCCAGGGCACACACACUGGCGUGGAAGCUCCUUCGAGAUCUGAUUUCUAGAGUGAGCGUUUCCCGUCGAAGGAAGAAAAUGGGCGAAGAAACGGCGUCGGCAGGCCCGUCCAGCUGUGUGAAUUCCAGGAACCAUAACCUGGUGUGCGGUGUCGUUGAAGGAUUUUAUGGACGGCCGUGGACUACUGAACAACGCAAAGACCUUUUUCAGAGAAUGAAGAAGUUGGGCCUGAACACCUAUAUGUACGCACCGAAAGACGACGUCAAGCACAGAGCAUAUUGGAGAGAGCUUUACACGGUGGAGGAAGCCGAGCACCUGACAAACCUUAUCCAGGCAGCUAGGGAAAACUCAGUCAACUUCUACUAUGCCCUAUCACCUGGUCUAGACAUCACAUAUUCUAGUUCAAAAGAAGUCUCCUGCCUCAAGAGGAAGCUAGAGCAGGUGGCUCAGUUUGGAUGUGGUGCAUUCGCACUCCUCUUUGAUGACAUUGAGCCAGAGAUCAGUGAGACAGACAAAGAGGUGUUCCAGUCAUUUGCACACGCCCAAGUGUCUGUCACCAAUGAAGUCUACCAGGAGCUGAAUCAGCCCAAGUUUAUCUUCUGUCCAACAGAAUAUUGUGCUGCCAGGGCUGUUCCGAAUGUUCAGAAUUCCGAGUACCUGAAUACUAUUGGCCUGAAGCUGAUGCCGGGAAUAGACAUAAUGUGGACAGGGAACAAAGUGAUUUCGAAAACAAUAACAGUCCAGUCAAUCCAGGAGCUCACUGAAGUGCUGCGUCGGCCCCCGGUGAUAUGGGACAACCUACACGCUAAUGACUAUGACCAGAAGCGUUUGUUCUUGGGACCAUAUAGUGGCCGGUCGACAGAUUUAGUACCUCAUUUGCGUGGGGUCUUGUCCAACCCCAACUGCGAAUAUGAGGCCAACUUUGUGCCAGUUCAUACACUGGCCCAAUGGAGCAAAUGCAGCAGUGAUGGCAAGACGGAUCUGAAUGAGUCCGUAAGUGCAGAUAUACGGCUUGAAACUGAGGGUGAAUCGGAAGAAUUGACCUCGCACUUGGAACCACAUGCAUACCACCCACGUAAAGCGCUGCGAGCAGCACUUGUUGACUGGUUGCCAGAGUUUUACCGGACCAAGAGUGCGUAUGGACGGCUUCUGUCUGGUGCCUUUCUGGCUGGCGGAGGCACACCAACACCACCGAGUGGCAAUGCCAGUACUAGUGCCAGCGUGGCCAGUAGCAGCCAUAUUGAUGAGGCGCCUUCAUUCCAGCCGCUGUCAAGUGAGUUAGUUAACUCACUGGUGCAGCCGUCGUCGACCCCAUUGGAGCCUAUGGACUGCCUCUCGUCUAGUGAAGCUAUGCAAACAGAAGAACCAUUAGAUGACGCACGGCAGUUGACGUUGGAAGACCUUGCCAUUCUAGUGGACCUGUUCUAUUUGCCUUUUGAACAUGGAAUUCAAGGAGUUGCUUUCCUGCAUGAAUUCCACUGGCUUCGUGUCAAUGGCCAUGUUGUGUGGGAACGCUGCAAACAAGGAAAUGUAGAUUCUGAAGCGGGGCUGGCUGAGCUUGAGGAGUGGCGCAAGCGAGCAUCUAAGUUUGACCAAAUGACACAAGCUGUCGGACGGCUGUUUGCACGGCUCACGUUUGUGCCUAACCGGGCCUUACUUUAUGACCUGUACCCAUAUCUCUGGGACAUCAAGGGUGUCAUCUCAUUGCUCAACUCCUAUGUCAAAUGGAUAGCUCUGGGAGACGUGCCGUGCUCUUCUCCAUUGGGCUUUGCCUCGCCUUCAUUCUCAUGGUUCUCAAAGGGCUACAAGGAAGCAUUUAUCAGUGGCGAGCAAGAACCCUGGCUCUUUCGGGGUGGCUUGACAGCAGAGUUACAGCGGCUGCUCCCAUUGGAGAGCGUGAGUGAUCUGUUCCUCUACAAGCCACCAGAGUCGCCCAGCAGCAAAACCUACACCAUUCGGCCGUACCUCCCCAGUGAUGAACCUCUUGUGUAUGAGGUAUGUCGAAAGACCUGUGACGAUGGUAUGGAUGGAACGGAGGUGUUUCCAGAGUUUCCUAACCUCAUUGGUGACAAACAGACCCUGCAUAUGACUAAAACACACCUCCUUUCACGUAGACUGGUUGGUGGUUUUCUAACCCUGAGCAACGAGUACUGCUUUGUCGUGGAGGAUGAGACUGGGGUGUGUGGCUAUGCAUUGGCUGCACUAGAUGCACAGCAAUUCAGCAAGAAGCUGGAAGCGGCGUGGACGCCCGAACUGUGCGUCAAGUAUCCUGCACCCAUUAAGGAAUCCUCGGAGAUGCUCACCCCUGCCGAGGAAAUAAUGAACAGCUUCCAUUCAAGGGCUGUGAAAGUCCCAGAUAUCGUAUACAAGCACCACCCAUCACGCGUAACCAUAAGUAUGCUGCCCUCAAUCAUUGAUUCUAGCGUGUCCAAGCGGUUGCUGGCUUGUGUUUUGGCUGCUCUGAAGGCAAAUGGAUCACAUGGUGUAUUUUCGCAAGUUACAAUGGGAGACAAGAAUGUCGUCGAGUUUUACACGAAGCUGGGCUUCCUCGAAAUAGCUUUACCAGACUUUCUGCACGAUGACACCUUCUUCCUUGGCCGGACCUUCUAGCCCAGAGGAUGUUCCUACAGUGCAGCAUACUGUAUAGACAUCACAACUGUGGCAAGGGCUAUUCCAAGGAGACUCAUCCCACUCGGGUUUUGUUUAGAUAUACACCAUGUAAAUAAAUUUUUAAU